CCAAGGACCCCUGUCAUCCAUUAGAGCAGCAAUCAAGAGAACUUCUCGGACUUCUUCUCAUACCGAACAUCAGAGAGAUAGAAGACGUCCUGAGAUUACAAUAGUUGCUGCUGAGCCUCUCAGACCAUCCUCCUGGUUUCCAGGUGGAAAUGUCACUCCACAAGGAUUAGGAUUCCCUCCUCCUUCCCAGACUAACUGGAGGACAAAUGAGCUUGUUCCAGCUGAGCUUCCACCAUCUUAUGAGCAGGUGAUAAAAGAAAUUAACCAAGUGCAAGUCAAUACAACAAAUAACAAUAAUGCUGCUGCUGCUUCUAGAUGCACUGCUACGUCUGCAACACAGACUGACUUUCCAGAGGAAAUAAUCAGCCAUUUGCCAAGAAGUAAUGUAAAAAACAACCUACCUACUCUCUGUGAAUCUGAAAUUGUUCAAGCAGUGCAAAGUCCUCUCAAACCUCCCAGACCUCUCUUAAAUAGCAAUCCUUCAGAAAAUGAGGCUCCCUUAGUUGUCUCUGAAGUGUCUGAAGAAUGGAAGUGCCAAGAAAAUCCCAGUAAUGUGACCGGUCCACUGCCAAAACCAAGAUCAAAAGGCAAUCUCAGACCUGUGGUCAGAGAUAUUCAAAGCAAAUCACAAGACAAUCAGGAAGAAGUGAGCCAGCCUCGAGCUGAAAGGGAGCCAUCUCCAAGUCAGCCAGUGUCCCUCUUAGAUAAUAACUUAUUGGACAAUCACAUGGUGAUGAACAGUAUGAAUACAGAAAAAAGCCAAAAUAGUAUUGGUUCAAGGAUCAAAGCUUUUGAAUCCCAAGCAAAUUCUGAUAUCUCAGGAUUAUCAAAGAAACCAGAAAUUGCUCCACGAUCAUUUGUCCCAAGACCAACUGUUUCUACAAAGAAGCCAAUAAUAGCUCCAAAACCAGAGCUAGGGGCCAGGAGAGCUUCAGGAGAGUCGGGUUCAUGGACAGAAAACACACAAAAAGAUACAUCCAGGAAAUGGCACCCUCAACCUCAAGAAGCCAGGAGUAAUGUCAUAACCAAACCUGAAUUGCCAAAGAAACCAAAACCUGGCCUUGUAAAAAGUACUAGUAAUGAUUUGCUUGAUGCAAGGAAUGGGUCAGCUUCAGAGAACAAUGAUGAACAGAAGAAAUUCCCAGUUCCUGCUCCAAGGCCACUCGUUCCCAAAAAGUCUCUUUCUGUAGAAAGUCCUGCCCCCCAUUUGACUUUACUAAAACCAACCAUCACUGCUCCCAGUCUCUCGGUAGCUACCCAAGCAACAGCUUUCAAGUCCCUGAGAGAGUCAUCGGCUCCAACCAACCUCUCAACAUGUACUUUGCAAAGUAAACCAGUUGGGGAAGGAGAUCUUAUCAGUUUUGAUGAUGACGUUUUGCCCCCUAGUUCAGUUAGUGCAGUUCAAGAAUGUACCAGUUCUGAAGCAGAUCCCUUUCAAUUCUCCUCCAAAACCGAGCCUGCAAAGGAACAGACAGUUCAACCAGCUAUAGCACGAAAGCCUACUGUGAUCAGAAUCCCAUCUAAACCAGGGAAAUCUUUAAAUGAAGUUCCACAUAUUCCUCCGCCUCUUCCUGCUGAAAAACCAAUUGGGAACACCUCUGGGAUCGUUGCUGGAAAGCCUAGUAAUGCCAAACAAACAAGGAAAGGGGAAUCUGAACAUUCAGAUCCAACAGGUACUUCUUGGACAGAGCCUGUGCUGCCCCCUAGGCCUGUGGAUGGAAAAAUUGUACCAGCUCGACUGCCUCCACCUAAAGGCAUUCCUGGAAGGCCACCUCCACCAAAACACUCUGGAACCAAGACCUCUUCCCAAAAGGACCCUUUUUGCCGAUCCUCGUCUGACCUGACACUCCAUAAAAGACAUGACAUGUUUGGAAUGGGAGUCAAGAGAGCAAAGAGUCAAGUUUUAAAAAAUCAAGACCCAGCAUUACCGCCUCGACCUAAACCAGGGCACACUCUCUACAAUAAAUACAUGCUGCCUGUGCCUCAUGGAAUUGCCAAGGAAGAUUUCUCUCCUAGAAACCCUGGAGAACUCAGCUGCAAGCAUGGGGAUGUUCUUGUGCUGCUGGAGCAGAUCGACAGCAAUUACUUCAAGUGCCAAAAGGGAGGGGAAACCGGCAAAGUGCACUUGUCUCAUAUGAAGAUAAUCACCCGCCUAGAUGAGCAUCUGACAAGCAAGCAAAAGGAUUCAAACAAUAUUCAGAGGGUUUCUGACAAAAGUGCUCCUCAUGCUGUAGUGCUGCAUGAUUUUCCAGCAGAGCAUGCUGAUGAUUUGGACCUCCAUUCUGGAGAGACUGUUUAUCUUCUGGAGAAAAUAGAUAAUGAGUGGUACAGAGGAAAACUCGGGAAUCGCACAGGGAUAUUUCCUGCCAACUUUGUUAAAGUGAUUAUUGAUGUUCCAGAGGAAGAGAACAGGAAAAAAAUAUUGUUUUCAUCACCAUGUAUUAAGGGUCCGAGAUGCGUAGCUCGGUUUGAAUAUAUCGGAGACCAGAAAGAUGAGCUAAGUUUUUCAGAAGGUGAAAUUAUUCUUCUUAAGGAAUAUGUAAAUGAAGAAUGGGCCAGUGGAGAGCUGAAAGGCACAUCUGGAAUUUUCCCCUUGAACUUUGUGGAAAUUAUUGAAGAUCUGCCUGGAUUAGGUGUAGGAGCACCACUGAAGAACAAGAGGGAGAGUUCUGCUUGUCUUUCUCAGACUGAUAGACAGUCUGGAGAGUGGUGUGAAGCGCUUCAUGAUUUUACAGCAGAAACCAAUGAAGACUUAUCCUUUAAAAAGGGAGACUACAUCCAGAUAUUGGAGCAUGUGGACUCAGAGUGGUGCAGAGGGAGACUGAAUGAUAGCGAAGGCAUUUUCCCAGCAGUUUUUGUUCAGACCUGCUCCGCUGGAGUAAAGACAGCAUCUCCAGGAUGCAGGAAAGGAAAAGCCAAGGCUUUGUAUGACUUCCAGGGAGAGAAUGAGGAUGAGCUCUCCUUCAAGGCAGGUGAUAUGAUAACAGAGUUGGAACCUGUAGAUGAAGACUGGAUGAGUGGAGAAGUACAAGGCAAAUCUGGAAUAUUUCCCAAAAACUUUGUUCAAGUUCUAUAGAUAUCAUAGGGAUGGAGCCCAGUUCUGCUCACUAGGCAUAUGGAAACAAAUGCUUAUCUAGCACAAAGGCACAUUAUACUUCAGCAAACAAAGAACUACCAUCUUUGUUGUCACUUGAGUUAUUACUUUGACUAUCAAAUAUGAUUUGCACUAUAUUGUCCAGAAAGAGAACCACAUCAUAUAUAACAUAUUAAUUCCUGAAACACCAACGUUUGCCGUGACAACAAAACUUAGUCAUACUUUGUGAAUGUUCCACAUGAGCUAGCAAACAGAAUUUCCACAGGAUUUUUAAUAGUUUCCAGCUAGGGAAAUUAAAUGUAGUACAAUAUCUUACAAAUUAAGUGAACUGCAUUCUAGUAGUUGACCUGAUCUGGUAUUUCAUUUAUCCUGCAUAAAAUUUGCAUAAAUUAAGAUUGUUUAAUAGGCUUUUUAGAAAUGCAUUUAUUUUGCAGAUUUAAGUAUUGUAUGUUAAAUAUGUAUACCACAUUUUUGAUUUUCAGAUUUCACUACUGCUUGAGUUAAUAUCCUCAUUAGCAAUAAAAAGCAGUUGUUUUAGGAUUGAGAGGAUAAAGGUACCAUUUAUUAUCUUGCGGAAAAAUGUCAAGCCCUAAUGUAUGAUCGACACCUUGUAGAGUCAGACUUUGGUAUCCCAUAUAUGAAAUGACAAACAAGCAGGAGGAUCAAAAGGCUAAGAAAACUUCACUCACUUAAUAGUUUCUCCAUCUUUGAAUGUAGGGCUGAGUGAACAUGUGAAGUUCAAGGUUUUUGUACUUGUAGAGUUCAUAAAACUGGAAUGAACUCAUCAAUCUUUUUUACUGAAGAGUGAUUACACCUGUCUGCCCCCCCAACACAUUUUUCUAGUUAAAGGGAAACCUGCUCUGUGUGUUAAGGAAUAGAUGAGAAGUCACCAACAUUUAAAAACAAAAAAACCCUCCCCUUUUGGUUGGUUCAAGCUAGUGCCCCAGGGAGAGUGUUUUCCUAUUAGAAAUUCUCUCUUUCCCUCUCUGAUCCAGUCUCUGGGUUUGUCAAUCUUCGUUUCUCUUACACAGAAACAAACCCACUUCCAUUCCCAUUUCAGUUUAACAUUCAAACCUGACAGUGUUUGAAAUUAGCAAGAGACGUUUACCUAGCCAUUCUAUAAACCCCCAGCACGUUUCACGCCGGCUGCCAUUCUUAUGUUUUGUUUUGUUUUUUUUCAGUGAAAUAGUUCAUUUUAAUAGGAAUAUUUCACAGCCUUAUGUCUAUGAGUAAGAACAACUAAUUGAGGUAUCCACUAAAAGUUAUUUUCUAUAAAUCAGCUAAAUAACAUAUAAGAUGUAGCAUUGUAAAUUAUCUGUCAAGGCAGAAAGAUUAAUUUCUCUUGGUGGCUGCUGCUAACAGGCACAAAGAUUUAUAUUUUUUUAACAAACAAUGCAAAAUUAUAUAAGUUAAAUUAUAGAGACUAAAUAAGUCUGAUAUUAGACAUAUUUCCAGAUAAGAACAGUGCAUUCUAAAAACCAACACUUUCCAGAAUGUUUGACAAUAGCUCCAUAUUAAACAAGUUAAUUGUUAACCCACCUCCCAUUCUGGGCCGAUGUGUACUGUAAAAAAACAAAAUCAAAACAUUUAAUCUUCAUUAUGCUGCAGUUUAUUCUGUACAUGUUCAAUGGCAUCCUAUUCUCACAUGAGCAACUGGCCUCUUUUGUAAUCUCUGAAGAACAAGGCAACUGAACAAACUGCGUGUAUAUUAUAUCUGAGGAUUAAUAUGUGCAGGUGGCAAAUAAGGAAAGCCAGGCUUUUCAGAAUCUCUUUCCAUCAGAAAAGCAUAGCAUAGGGUAAAAGUCAGAGCAUCAAGGUGUUGGUUCAGCAUUGAUCAUUUAAAGUUUGGAGACCUUUUUAUCAAGUUCCAUCUUUAAAAUCUUGAUUUAAUUUUGAAGUCUAACACAGGCCUCUCUACUGCUAUCUCUCAUCUUAUGAUGAUGAUUUCCCCUGGGCUUAUAGAAAGGAUGUUCAGAUACUAUAGCAAUGGACUAUAUAAAAACCCUAGUAAAAUACAAUAGACGUUAGCACUCAAAACUUGCCUUUUUAAUUUUUAGUUCAUGGACGAAAAGGAAGUUAUUUUUAUUUUAUGUGCCCAAAAAGUAAAUUCUAACUCCACUUAAGAAUGAUAAACCUAUAUGUACUCUCUUUUGGAAAUGUCUUCUCCCCUUUCACUUGAAGAAAAAAAACUAGUGUUGCUUUACCAUAUGGGUACCAUGUCAAAGGUUUAAGCAAAAUGGACUCCUUUCACCAUGGCUCUGUGCCAAUGCGAUUGGUAAACCGCCUGUAAAUAUUUUGAAUAGUAGAACUAGUAAAAAUUUAAGAACUUCAUAAAAAAAGACACUUACUCAGCUUGCUUCCUCCAAAUGAGAUACCUAAAUCAUUGAGGAGACAGAUAAGGUAUUAGUGUGCAAUGUUUACUUACUUUUGACUUUGGGCUUGUCUACAUGGGGGGGUAAUGGGCUCCAUAGUGCACUUCAGAAAUCACAUCCCUAAUGUGCUGUGCAUUAAUUGGUCUGUGUAGACAUUACUGGUGCUCUUUAAUGCAGUGCUGUUUCAAACGGUGCUACAUUAAACCAUACUAGUGAACCUUUACCGUGCACCAGCAGGGUAUAUACAUGGAGACAUUGAUUUCUAAAGCACAUUAACAUGGGCAUAUCUCACACACCCCCACAGCUCACAUUACCUUGCUGUGUAGACCCUUUAAUUAUGUCAGUUCUCUAAAGCUUUGAUACAAAUAUUUUUGAACCAACAGUGCUGAAUUUAUAAAUUUUUCCAAAAGAAAAAGGGUGUGUGAAGUUUUGGCUAUAUUGGCCUAUUAAUAAUUUUUACCACUUUAAUUUAAUGCGUGACAUCCAUUACAUUUCAAACUUUUUAAAUAAACAUCUGUUUAAUUGAAUAAUCCUUGUAUUUUAUUUUGUAACUCUGAAUACUAAAUCAGGAAAUAUAGCAAACAUAAUACCACUUAUGUAUUAUACUUAAUGUUUAAGUCAUAAAAGGAUAAAAUGGCUGGAAGCUGCAAAUUCAGAACAAUAGUGCCAUCUAAGGGCUUUUUAUUGUAGCUUUGCCAGUUCAGAAAAUCAUCGCUUUAAAUUUCAGUCCCUUGAUCAAAUUAAUCUGUUUUGCAAAAAAUAUCUGCUUUACUAUUAAACCUUCAUGGUCACAUAUAUUGUCUACACAGAAAAAAUCUAAAAUCUCUAUUGAUUACAAGGAUGUAAUUCAGCAGAAAGGGAAAAUGAAAAGGGAAAAUUCCUGUGAAAAUCCUAAAUUACAUUUACAAUUAAUAUGAAAGAUUAUGCUAUCUUGAAAUUCAACCAGGGACCUAUGAUUCAUUAAUAUGAUAUAGAGUGGUUUUCCUAAGCUUAAGGCUGUUAGUGUUUUGUUAAAUCAUCCACAGUGAAAGUAGCAUCUUUGUAACAGAACACAUUUUUCCAUGAUUUUUAUAUAUAGUACAAAAUAAAAACUUUUACAUUCUGCAAGUCCAAAUUUGUCUCCAGAAUUAUGGUAACAGUAUAAAUUAAAUUUGUAUUUAACCAAUAAAUUUUUAUAUGUA